AUGAAAAAUAUAACAUGGACAAGGGGGUAUCUGAUCCAAGAUCAGCACUCCUAAUCUGAAACAAUUGAUACUUACGCAGCCCAAUUAUGAUAUAUUCUUUACUAAUUGGUCUUUUGAUCAUUCAGAUCAGGUCUGAAAAAGAUCUGAUGUGAAAAGAUCUGAUGUGAUUGGUAAAAACAUCAGAAUUGGGAUGCCUGUCGAAACACAGCCAGACUGACCCAGAUUUUCUCUUGGUUUCUUUUUAAUAUGAUGCAUGCAUUGGUUCAACCAAAUUCAUCACGGUAUGCAAACUAAGAGGAGACCUUUAAUCGGUUCUUGGACCAGUACUUCAGAUAUUGACUGUUUAUAAUGAACUAUUUUAGUGAGCUAGUAGUAGUGCAGCUCAGUACAAAGCCUGUUGUUGUUGAUCUAUGGCUCAGUAAUCAGUUGGAAUAGGGUUUUUAUCUGAGUAAGGAAACUGAACUCAUCAGGCGUUUGUAUUUUCCCACAUCAAUCACAACAGGGAAAACACCUCAUAGGAAAACAAGUUUCUGAUCCCUCCCUCUCCCAUCCCAUCUCCAUGGGACUUCUUAUUGGUUCUGACACACCACACAGCUCUCUUUGACCCCAUGUAACCCUGGCCCCCUUCAUAAACAGCCUCAUUAGCAAACAACACACAUUCCCAUGAAGCCACUGCUUUGCCCCUUCCUCUCUCUAUCUGGGGCCUGUCUCAUACUAGCCUGGCCAAGCACUUAGUGGUUUCCCUGGAACUGGCCCUGUGAAGAACUGAAUCUCCUGCGAUGAGUGUGGUAGUGUGUGUGUGAUCACAUUCCUUAACGUAGCCUCCACAACCCAGUGAGAAAGAGAGCUUGGUUUAGUUUUAGUAAAAUCCGUAAGAGAAACAGGCCUAUUUCUAACACUAACGUGGACUCAAACUCUUUUCACAUUAAAGUCAAAAUUUGUUUUUUAUAAGUAGGCCGACUAGACUUGUUGGUACAAAAUCGUUUUAUUCAGGGUGAAAUUGACAUGGAUUUACCAAUACCGUCUCACUCAGAACAGUCUUGCCUUAUGUAACAGUACCACAAUGUGAUGGGAGAGGGGACUGUAGGGUUAAAGUCCUUUGUUGAUGUGGACACAGUGAAAAUAGGCCAAUGGCCAAACCGGACAAUGGGAGCCUUGUCUGCUCAAACUCGUGCACAUCUUCCUGUAGUGAGCAAACAUAAAAGCUACAACUACUGAUACUAUUCUGGAACAGUGCCAUCUGAACUAUAUCUCAGGAACGAAACCACAAAGUCGUGUGCAAAUUCUAGCCUGGUUCCCAUCGGUUUUUGAUGUUUUGCCAUCUCCUAUAGUGGAGGUGAUAAGUUAUUUGAAAUUAGCAGCCCAUCAUAGUAGAUCUUUUAACCUCUCCUUUAUAUGACGAAGUGAUUACUAGCAGUAGCCUCCUCUAUCCCCCUCUUUAUAUACAGUAUCUCUCUUCUUUCCAUGUAAUGAUUAAAAGGUCCUAGUGAAGGAGCAGGUCUGUCUCUGUCUGCUGAGUCACUGCAAGCUGGAAGGAGCACUAGGCUAGCGGAGCAGACGACAGCAGAGCACCAUGACCCACCGGCUGUUUGAGGAGAAACACCAUGCCUCUAUCUACCAGAGGUACCGCUUUGUACCCCCAGAGGAGAUCAGAGACAUUAUCCUGCAUUACCUGGAAAGGAAGAAAGUUCAGCCUCAUGCCCUAGCUGUGGACCUGGGCUGUGGGACGGGGCAGAACUCACGCAUGCUGGCCCCACACUUCCAGGAAGUGGUGGGCAUCGACAUCAGCGAGUGCCAACUGGAGGAAGCCAGGGCAGUAGCAGGGUUCAACAACAUCACCUACAGGAAAGGGACAGCAGAGGAGCUGCCAUUUCCAGAUGGUUCUGUGGACCUACUGACUGCAGCCUCAGCGGCCCAUUGGUUUGACCAGGAGCGGUUCCUCUUGGAGGCAGGCCGGGUCCUGAAGCCUUGCGGCUGCAUGGCUCUGCUUGGCUUUGCUGAUAACUUCAGACUCCAUUACGGCUCAUGUGGGAAUAGACUCACUGACAUCUAUGAGGAGUUCAAGAAGGUGCUGUUACCAUACACCAGCACACAGUUAGCAGUGGCCAACACCAAACUAAGGGAGCUUUACGCUGCUAUCCCCUUCCCUGACAAAGAGAGGAUUGAGUGUAUCCCACUGAAGCAGCAGAUCUCAGUGAGGAACAUAGUGGGCUUCAUGGAGUCCUUCUCCAUGUACCAGGCCUUCCAGAGGGCCGAGCCUGAUGCUGCCUCCGCACUGCUGCAGAGAACACUCGACAGGUUUCUGAAGGAGAUGGGAGUCACAUCACCAGACACACUCAUGGACGUGACAAGGGAAUAUUUCUGUCUCCUGGCAUCUAAACAGGAGUGAACACUCUUUAAAGUGUGAAUGUGUUUGUGUGUAGACAGAUGUGUCUUAAGCUUGUGUUUAGGCUUGUGUGAAUCAUGUUCAAGCUGUUAUUAGAAAUAUUACUCUGUUCACAUAAGAUUUCAUUGAAGUCCCUUUGGUUUUGUCUGCUCUUUUCUUUUAUACAUUGUAAUGAAGAGCAAACUAUUCACCUUAGUCACAUCAUUACCAAAAUGGUUGCCACCUUUAUUAUCUUCCUUGCCUGAGAUUUACAAUAAAAUGUCUGCAGACACAA